AUGGAGGUGGCAGACGGUGGUAGUGGCAGACUAAGGUGGUGGCGGACAGUGGUGGAAGCAGAUGGUGGUCAAAAAGUGGUGGUGGUGGCGGACGGUGGUCAAAGGGUGGUGGUUGUGGAAGAUAUUCUUAAGUUCAUGAAUAUGUUCUUGAGUGCAUUUGAAUCGUCACGCCUUCUGAUAUUUGAAAUUGCUUUGCUGAAAUGGCUGCUGCUGCAACUAAAACUUCUGCUGAGGCCCUCAGUGCCCAAGGAAGAUCCACCUCCAGCAGAAGUUCAGGUGCAACCAUCUUCCCAAGAUGACAAUGGUGUUGCUGCUUCGGAUGAUGUUACACAUGAAAGAAGUGGGAAUGGUGGAUCAAACUUUUCUUCCGAAACAAAUUGUCAUUCUCAUGAGACUACACAAGAUACAUAUGAUGCCCCAAAAGAGACAGUUGCUUCUGGGCAGGGAGGGCCCCCUUAUCAAGCUCAUGUCAGAUCAGCUGGAAGUGGUUUAUCACCAGAUGCUUAUCGCCAAAAGCAUGAGAUAACUGUAUCUGGAGACAAUGUGCCCCCACCCUUUACAUCAUUUGAAGAUACUGGUUUCCCUUCUGAGUUGCUUAGAGACUUACUCCAAACGGGAUUCUCUGCUCCGACUCCCAUACAAGCACAAUCAUGGCCAAUUGCUAUGCAAAAUCGUGACAUAGUAGCAGUUGCCAAGACAGGUUCUGGAAAGACUUUGGGUUACUUACUUCCUGGAUUCAUUCACCUUAAAAAAACCCGCAAGAAUCCUCAGUUGAGUCCAACUGUUUUGGUUUUAUCACCCACAAGAGAAUUGGCCACACAGAUUCAAGAUGAAGCUGUCAAAUUUGGAAAAUCAUCUAGAAUAUCUUGCACGUGUUUAUAUGGAGGAGCACCAAAGGGUCCCCAGCUAAGAGAUCUGGCAAACGGGACAGACAUUGUGGUUGCGACACCUGGGCGUUUGAAUGAUAUUCUUGAAAUGAGAAAAGUGAGCCUGAGUGAGGUGACUUAUUUGGUGUUGGAUGAAGCGGAUAGAAUGUUGGACAUGGGAUUUGAACCUCAAAUUAGGAAAAUAGUAAACGCGGUCCCCACACGUCGUCAGACUCUUAUGUACACUGCCACCUGGCCGAAAGAGGUGCGGAAAAUUGCAGCUGAUUUUAUGGUUAAUCCGGUUCAAGUCAACAUCGGAAACAUCAAUGAACUUGUUGCCAACAAGUCCAUUACACAGCAUGUGGAGGUUGUGGCUUACAAUGAGAAACACAGACGAUUGGAGCAAAUACUGAGAUCUCAAGAACCAGGAUCUAAGAUUAUUAUUUUUUGUUCAACAAAGAAGAUGUGUGAUCAGCUGGCGCGUAAUUUGACCCGCCCGUUUGGUGCUGCUUCAAUUCAUGGAGAUAAAAAUCAGGGGGAGAGAGAUCAUGUGCUCAGUCAGUUUCGCUCAGGGAAGUGUCCUGUGCUUGUAGCAACCGAUGUUGCUGCUCGUGGACUCGACAUCAAAGAUAUCAGGGUGGUGGUAAAUUACGAUUUUCCUACGGGGGUUGAGGAUUAUGUACACCGGAUUGGAAGAACUGGGAGGGCAGGGGCUACAGGAGAGGCUUACACUUUUUUUGGUGACCAAGAUGCAAAACAUGCAUCUGAGCUUGUUAAACUUUUGGAAGGAGCAAAUCAACGUGUCCCUAAUCAAAUCCGUGAAAUGGCUUCACGAGGUGGUGGAAUGGGAAUGGGAAUGGGUGGUGGCAGAUCUAGGCGCUGGAGCUCUGACAGUGGUGGUGGCCGUGGAGGUGGAGACGAUUCAAGCUAUGGUGGUGGAAGAGGUGGCUUUUCCUCUGAAAAAAGCGGAAACCGUGACAGUGACAGAGAUGCAGGUGGUGGCUAUCAGGGUAGGAGCUUUCAUGAAACCAUGUUUGGUGGUGGUGGUGGCAGUGGCAGAAGCCCGCCCAACAAAGGUGGUUCAGGGUGGGGGGUGUCCAGUGACCGUAGCCGUAGCCGUAGCCGUAGCCCGGAGAGGUUUGGUAAUGCGCCACCUAUACGAAGCUUUCACCAGACAAUGAUGGAACGGGCCCGGCCUCCACCUGUAUUUAAAUUUGGGGAAGCCGAUGGGAAUAAUGGUGGUGCAAAUUAAUUAAAGGCGUUUGUUUUGUGGUGGAGUUGUCUAUUUUGUGUUUUAGUUAAUAUAAAGUAUGGUAGUAGUGGUUAUGACUUAUGACAUACAUAGAUGUGUUUGUCUAUUUUGGUUUUGGGAGCUUCUAACAUAGAGGGCCAGAUGGUGGCCUAAUAGCCUAAUAGCCUUAUAGGUUAUGUUUUUGUUUUUGGAUGGAUGGAUGGGUUAUGUCAUGUGUAAAGCGUGAGAAGAUGUGCUUGUGUAUGCCAUGGUCUUUGUAGCUGUUGGGUUAUGGUAUCUUCAUUCCGUUCCCCUUGCGCUUAUUAUUGUGAAUAUUAAAGCAGGU